AUGGACGAGCUCUUCGACGUCUUCGAGGACAAACCCCAGGCGGUUCAGCCGCCUGGUGGUACUCCUCAGCGCGGCAAGAAGGACAAGAAGACCAAGAAGGACAAAAGCAAGAAGCGUCAGGCCGACGGAGAGGUCAAAGCAGAGGAAGCUGCGCCAGCUGAGGAAAAGAAGGAGGCCUCUUCUGAUGAGCCCAUGGCUGAUGCUGAGCCAGCAAAUGAAGAGCCAGCAGCCGACAACGAACAACCCGAAACAAAACGACAAAAACUGGCCGACGCCCCCGCGCCAGUCGUCGCCGAUUCCUUCGAAACCGAACAAGAGCGUCAGCUCGCCUCUGGCGGACUUUCGCAAGAUACUGGGAUUGUGGUGUCCCACCAAGUCCGCCACCAAGUUGCCAUCCCUCCAAACUACCCCUACGUCCCCAUCUCGCAGCAUCAGCCGCCUGCCAAUCCCGCGAAAAGCUACGCUUUUACCCUUGAUCCAUUUCAGCAGGUUGCGGUCUAUUCGAUUCAACGAGAAGAGAGUGUGCUGGUCUCGGCCCACACUAGUGCAGGAAAGACUGUUAUUGCAGAAUACGCCAUUGCGCAAUGCUUGAAGAACAACCAACGAGUGAUCUACACCAGUCCAAUCAAGGCGCUGAGCAACCAGAAAUACCGUGAAUUUGCGGCCGAGUUCGGUGAUGUUGGACUGAUGACCGGCGAUGUGACCAUCAACCCUACCGCCACUUGUCUGGUCAUGACCACCGAGAUUUUGCGUUCCAUGUUGUAUCGUGGCUCUGAGAUCAUGCGCGAGGUGGGCUGGGUUAUCUUCGAUGAAAUUCAUUACAUGCGUGACGCCAACCGUGGUGUUGUGUGGGAAGAGACCAUCAUUCUCCUGCCAGACAAGGUUCGAUAUGUCUUCUUGUCUGCUACCAUUCCCAAUUCCAUGCAGUUCGCCGAGUGGGUCACCAAGAUGCACAACCAGCCUUGUCACGUUGUCUACACCGAUUUCCGCCCUACUCCUCUUCAGCACUACUUCUUCCCAGCUGGUGGCGAUGGUAUGCACCUUAUUGUUGACGAGAAGGGAGCGUUCCGCGAGGAGAACUUCCAGAAGGCCAUGAGUACGAUUGCGGAUAAGGCGGGAGACGAUCCCGCCGAUGCUCUGGCCAAGCGGAAAGGAAAUGGCAAGGACAAGAAACUGAACAAGGGCGGUAACAAGGGCCCGUCUGAUAUGUUCAAAAUUGUCAAGAUGAUUAUGCUGAGGAGCCUUAACCCCGUCAUCGUCUUCAGUUUCAGCAAACGAGAAUGCGAGCAGGGCGCUCUGCAAAUGGUUAACAUGUCCUUCAACGACGAUUCCGAGAAAGAAAUGGUUUCCAAGGUUUUCAACAGUGCCAUCGAAAUGCUUUCCAAGGAAGAUCGCGAAUUGCCUCAGAUCGAGAACCUUCUGCCCCUGCUCCGCAGAGGUGUCGGGGUCCACCACUCCGGUCUCCUGCCUAUUCUCAAGGAAACUAUUGAGAUUCUUUUCCAGGAAGGCCUGAUUAAGGUCCUUUUCGCUACCGAGACUUUUUCCAUCGGCCUGAACAUGCCUGCCAAGACUGUUGUGUUCACCAGCGUUCGGAAGUUUGACGGUGUGAGCCAACGUUGGGUUUCCCCAUCCGAGUUCAUUCAGAUGUCCGGUCGUGCUGGUCGACGAGGUCUUGAUGACCGAGGUAUCGUGAUUAUGAUGGUGGACAACCAGAUGGAUCCUGCUGUUGCCAAGGAGAUCGUCCGUGGUGAACAAGACCGACUGAACUCAGCCUUCCACCUCAGUUACAACAUGAUCCUCAAUCUCCUCCGUGUGGAUGGUAUCUCUCCCGAAUACAUGCUUGAACGCUGCUUCAAACAAUUUCAAAAUACCGGCGACAUCUCCAGCUUGGAGAGAGAGCUUCAGGAACUGGAAGACAAGAAAGCCAACACCUUUAUUCCUGAUGAAGGAACCAUUCGCGAAUACUACGACCUUAGAAAGCAGCUGGAUACCUUCGCCGACGACGUUCAGGCUGUAAUUAGCCACCCCAACCAUAUUCUGCCCUUCAUUCAACCGGGCCGUCUGGUUCAGAUUGGAUUUAAGGGUAAAAAUUUUGGCUGGGGUGUAACUGUCAGACACACCAAGCGACCGCCCCCCAAGAACCCCACUGAGCAGAUUCCUCCUCACGAACAAUACUUUGUCGAUGUGAUUUUGAAGCUCGCGGAGGGUCCUUCCAUUGGUACCAAGUCGUUCUCGGAUCUUCCUGCCGGAAUCGAGCCAGCCAAGGACGGCGAAAAGUGCCGGACAGUGGUUGUACCCAGCAUGCUCACUUGCGUGCGUCGUCUGUCACCCAUUCGACUCAAUCUGCCCAAGGACCUCACUUCGACCGACAGUUUGAACACCGUGAGGAAACAUCUGGAUGAGUGCCAGAGACGAUUCCCCGAUGGGCUGCCACAGAUCGACCCCAUUGAGGAUAUGAAGAUCCAGGAUGAUUCUUUCAAGAAGCUUCUCAGGGUAGGUCCUCGUUUCCUCUAUGAAAAGCCCGAUCUUAUAUUAAAACUACUGCAGAAAAUUGAAGUUCUCGAUUCCCGCCUCCUGGGCAACCCGCUGCACAACUCACCCCGACUGCCAGAACUCUACGAGCAGUAUGAUGAGAAGGUCCGCACGGGCAACCAAAUCAAGGACGUUAAGAAGAAGAUUGCCGAAGCCAUGGCUAUCCAGCAGCUCGAUGAGCUGAAAUACCGCAAGCGAGUGCUCCGUCGACUAGGAUUUAUUAAUGACGCCGAUGUUGUUCAGAUGAAGGCCCGAGUUGCCUGUGAGAUCAGUACCGGUGACGAGCUAAUGCUGAGUGAGCUGCUCUUCAACGGUUUCUUCAAUGAUUUUACUCCCGAACAAAUUGCUGCUGUCAUGAGUGUAUUCGUGUUCGAUGAGCAAGUAAAGGAGGCUCCUCCGCUGGCCAAGGACGAGUUGUCGAAGCCUCUUAAGGUUAUCCAGCAACAGGCUCGGCAUAUUGCCAAGGUCUCUCAGGAGUCUAAGCUGGCUCUUAAUGAGGACGAGUAUGUCAAGAGCUUCCACUGGGAGCUCAUGGAGGUGAUCUAUGAGUGGGCGAACGGAAAGGCCUUCGGCGAGAUCUGUAAAAUGACCGACGUUUACGAGGGCAGUCUGAUCCGCGUUUUCCGGCGGCUGGAAGAGUGUCUGCGACAGAUGGCGCAGGCUUCUAAGGUAAUGGGAAGCGAUGACCUGCAGGACAAGUUCGAAUCUGCGCUCACGAAGGUCCGUCGGGACAUUGUCGCUGCCCAAUCCUUGUAUCUGUAA